UCCAGCAGACAGGCAUAUAACUUCUGAGAGGGACCCGAAAAGAUCCCCAUUUCCUACGGCUCUUCCUUCCUCCAGUUGAGAUUCCGCAAUUUGGUCGUCCUCCUCCUUUAUCUACAGAGAGAGAAAGGAGUUGCGAACACUGCCUCCCAAUUCUAUGGGUUCAGGAGAGAUGAUGGAGAACGAUCGCAUCAAUCAUGGUGCUGAUAUGAACGCUAGAAACUCUCUGGAAACGGGAAUCCAAAAGCUCGAUGCUGGAGCUCUCUUUGUUCUCAAGUCCAAAGGUUCAUGGUUGCACUGUGGCUACCAUCUGACGACUUCAAUUGUGGCGCCCGCUCUGCUCAGCCUGCCGUUUGCUUUCGCAUCGUUGGGUUGGGCGCCCGGUGUGCUCUGCCUAACGAUCGGAGCUGCAGUGACCUUCUACUCCUACAACCUCCUCUCCUUGGUCCUCGAACACCAGGCCCAGCUCGGUCGGCGCCAACUACGUUUCAGGGACAUGGCUAAUGAUAUUCUUGGUAACGAGUCUCACCAUAUAUAUAACGUAGAAGAUUGAAUGUUGCCAUAUUGGCUAAUUUUUAAGCUUGUUGGCCGGACGAUUUAGCCUAGUUUCUAGCAUGAUUGCAUUAAACAAUAGCCACAAAAAACGGCCGAUUAGAUGAUAGUUAAUUAUUAAUAUUGAUUUUUUUUGUUGGAAAAGUUUAUUAAUUAAAGCCUUA